GGAAACCCGAGGUUUGUGAUUUCCAGAAUUUUGAAAGAUUUCGAAAAUGCAUUGAAUCUUGUCACAUCCCUUUCCACAUAGCCAUUUACCAUCAGUUGCUGCUAUUUGAACGCAUGUGCGUUCUUUGCGAAGUCUGCGAUGGAAUGGUGUCUCCGCCUUUUCGGAUGUUUUUGCAACCAGGGAAGAUCGAAGAUGAUGUCAUCAGAUGCCGCAAGGGCUCCCUCACCGAUGCUGGCAUUCACCCCUCGAAUAAAGUUGCCAGGAUGCAGAACCGUCCUGACUUUGAGCUCAUGCGCAGCAGCCUUCGAGCACCUGAGGUCGUACUGCGCAUCAAUUUUCUUGAUCUCCGCCUCCAAAGUCUUGGCACACCUUGGAGAGAAGGCUCUCCAUUGGCCUCACGCCCGGCGAAGUGCGGUGUUUGCUUCAGCAGGAAUCGUCUCAGCCGUGGUCAGCGAAUCAGUGGCACAGCUGCCAAACCCCAUGGUGGACUGACUCCGCGUGGGAGCAUUGUAAUGCCCCAUCCACCACCGCACCGGCCGUCACCAAAGCUACCAUUGUGCAACUCCUGUGAGGCGCCAAGUGAGCGCAUCGAGAUCCAGCAUGGCUUUCAAGAUGGCGAUCGUAGACCGGACCCUCCAUUGACCACGCACCUUUGGUGGCUUCCGAUUUCCCCAGACAAAACCACGGAUUUGCUGGCGAUCUCGACAGGACAGGGUGGAGAAGCCUCUGGUGCUGGAGGUCCAUCAUCAUACUCGUCCUCUUCCUGCUCAGCUUCAAGGGCAGCAAGACGGCUUGGCAUUGACAUUGUUGACUGUCUCCUGCAUGCGUAGCAGGUCGGCUCAAGUAGAAGACACAGCUGCUGGAAAUCUUCCACCUCGGAUGGACCCAUUUAUCCCUACCAGGACAGGACUUGCUGAGAUCCCAGCGGGGCAUAGAGGAUCAUCAUGAUGCCAUGGCUGGA